AAGCGGACGUCGUUCGCGACAAACCAACAUGUCAUAGCUUUUCACGAUCUCGUAAACUCUCUUCUCUUCUAAUCUCUUAGUACUAGUUAGUCUUAACGAUACGUAUCAUGAUUCUAAUGUAAUAGCAAAAUUUGGUGCUCAAAAAGAAAACUAAAAGUAUUUUUAUAUUAGAACCCUGUAAUGGGACGAUAGGUUAGAUAUAGUAUAUUUAUUGUACAAUAGUGUGAUAGAAGAACCGAAGAAAUGAACUUCAUAGGCGCAGUUGGUGGUGAUGGCGACGACAGUGAUGAUAAGGAAAAGGAAGAAGAAGCGGAACGUGAACGACAAGAGGCGAUCCGCGAGGCUGAGGAGCGGCGUAAGGAGAAACACCGCAAAAUGGAAGAGGAAAGGGAGAAGAUGAGACAGGAGAUUAGGGACAAGUACAAAAUUCCCAAGAAGGAAGAGGUGGUAGAACAACAGCAGGCCGAGCCAGAUAAUCCAUUGAUGAGGAAGAAGAAGACACCUGAAGAGUUGGCAGCGGAGGCCGAGCUUGAAGAUCAGGACGAAUUCACUAAAUUGAAAAACACCAUCGAAACGCAAGUGAAUGAAUUGAAGUCUCAGAUUGAGAGUAAGUGCGUGAUGCAGUGAACGUCGCCCCGGCGCCGUUUAAUAUAUAUUAUAUUUGAAUACAUGAUGUAGCUGUGCUAAGAUCAUUGUUACGACGAUGUUUCACAACCCGACACGAUCACAUCCACCCCUACCCGACGACACAACAAAAUUGUUAUGUUGAACUAUCAUUCGCGCUCAAACAUAAAGUAGGAGAGAUUUGAAUUCUAAAUUUUUUUGGAACGUAGAUGGCUAGUGGCGCGUUGGUGCUUGAUAAUGAGCAAUAAUAUUUUUAUACAUUCAUAAAAUAUUGUGGAGAUCAGCCCUCUAUACAACUGUUGAAAAAACGCGUACGUGCGUUAGGUCAAAAAGUCAUCGACAGCAUUAAAAUGUGAAACAAUCCAGUUUUAUAUGUUGACGCUUGUGAUAUAUUGUUAUUUAAGUGUAAAGAGGAGUAAUAUAAAUACAACUAGAACGAACGGUGUAAUAUUAUUAAAAAGGAACAUAAUUGUAUUUAUAAGGGAGUUCUUAGCACGCGUGUAUACUUGGCACUGACUAUCUAUCUCAACGACACUUCUCUCAUCUAUCCUCAUCUUUCGGGUACAAUUUCGGACUUACAUUGAAAUAACAAUGUAUUCGUUCACUAUAUAUUUGUUUUCAUCCAAAUUCCACUCGGCUUGAUGUGUCUUUCUGUCUUUACCUAUAUAGGAAGUAACGCCUCGUGUGGCUUCGCUCUGCGCUCUCUUUAAAACGACUUCAACUUUUGCCUCUAAAUCUUUUGCAUGCGUGCUUAUGCAUUGUAUUGUGUCAAUGUAAUUUUUUUUAGUGUACAUACCUAUAAUCGACCUAGCCUUAAUAACCACAUCGAAAUAAAUA